AUGUCUAACGACCUUUCUGAAGGCUACCUGCUGGACAACAACGCAUUGCAAUUUGAUGUCGAUGCGCUGGGAGACAGGCAGAUUGUGCCACAGCAAGCAUUGAUAGCGCCUACUCAAAAUUUCAGUCCCGGCGCAAGAGGCCGAUUCAGCAACACUGAAGAUUCACCAAGUCGUCGACCAACUUUCCCCCAAAUUCGCGCUGGCCCCCGCCGGCAAUUAAGAUCACGCCCAUCCGGAGUGCUUCAACAGCUACACACAGAAGCUCCCGCGGUCAACAGAGCACCCGCACGGCCGUCAAGGCAACCAAGUGCACAUCCACCAAGCAACAUGGAUCAAAGAUUUCUCGCAUCAAUCCAUAUGUUGAGCCAACGAAUCGAUAUACUGUUCGAUGCUUUGUACACAUUCUACGAAUUGUGUGAGCCGGGGGCCAAUGAAUCUGCAGAUGCAAACUACGCGCAACGCCUCGGACGCAUCUUUGAAUAUCUGAGAGAAUACGAAGACAGCCUUCUACAGCAGACGUAA